CAUAGAGUCAUCACACCUCCCAUUUGUGGAUCGUUUCACAAACUUGCUCAGCACGAUGCUGGCUUUGAACCCUGUCUCUGCCUCUGGUUUAGCUGUUUCUGCAUCCUCAGCAAUCGCUCGUGCACUCAGACACGCGGAGUUUGUUGUGCAAACGCCCCUAUGCCCAGCGGUCGAGUGGACAGAAAGGGCUGCGGAUACUACAAUCACAGUAAGCUUAGUGUCGUUGAAUUUUUGCAUUUAUAAAAGUUAA